CAAUGUAAAGUAUGCGGUAAAGGGUUUAGUACGAGUCGGAAUUUACAAAGACAUUGGAAAAUACACACUGGUGAUAAACCCCAUGAAUGUACAGUAUGCGGUAAAGGCUUUAGUAUGAGUAAUCACUUAAAGGGGCACAUGAGAAUACAUACUGGUGAUAAACCCCAUGAAUGUUCAGUAUGCGGUAAAGUGUUUAGUAUGAGUAUAUACUUAAAGGUGCACAUGAGGAUACAUGUAGGCGAUAAACCCCAUGAAUGUUCAGUAUGCGGUAAAGAGUUUAGUUUGAGUAAAUACUUAAAGAGUCACAUGAGAAUACAUACAGGUGACAUACGUCAUGAAUGUACAGUAUGCGGUAAGGGAUUUAGUACGCGUCAGAACUUACGUAGACAUGAGUAUAUACACACUGGAUAUAAACCUUAUAAAUGUGGAGAAUGUGGUAAGGAGUUUAGUCAGGAGCAGUGCUUAAAACAACACUUUUAUGUGCAUACUGGUGAAAAGCCUUUAAAAUGUAGUGUAUGUGGAAGAGGGUUUGCUGGUGGUUGGAACUUACAGAGACACAUCAAAACACACACAGGUGAUAAACCUCAUAAAUGUGACAAAUGUGAUAAAGAAUUCAUUCAAAGGAUUGACUUACAGAGACACAUGAGAACACAUACGGGAGAUAAACCUUAUAAAUGUGAUGUGUGUGGAAAAGGAUUUAGUCAGAGUCAUAGCAGAGAUACACAUGCAAGAUCACACUCUGGUGAUUAACCUUUUAAACCUUGUGAAUGAUACAUGUAUGUAUGUUAUAUGUGUAUAUUUUGUGUAGAAAAGGAUUCGGUCAGGGUCAUAGCAGAGAUAAACAUGUACGAACACACACUGUUGAUCAACCUUAACCCUGGUAAUGUUAUGUAUGUUAUAUUUGUACAUUUUGUGAAGUAAAGGAUUCAAUCAGGGUCAUUAUGCAGAGAUACAUGUGCGAACACACGACACUUGUGAUUAACCUUAAGCUUGUGAAUGUUAUGUUUGUACAUUUUGUGAAGUAAAGGAUUCAGUCAGGGUCAUAGCAGAGCGACACACACUAGUUAUAAAUUUCUUAAAUAUGAUGCAAGAGGUAUAGGGUGUUGUUAGUUUUAACAUGCAGUCACACACGAGAACAGUCAUACUAUUGUUAAGUUUUUAAAGCUCAGUUUGGUCUUUAAAUUUAUUACUACAUCUUCCAAAAGAUAAAAGAAUCUGGAUUUCGAAACUGAGAACAUGCACUCUUAAGAUUCCUAUGGAAACUGGCAGGUGGCACAAUGUUGCAAGAACCGAUUGUCUAUGUACCUUAUGUAUUGAAUGUGUUGGUGAUGAAUAUCAUUAUUUAUAUGUAUGUAAUAAUACUUAUAUCACUGAACUUAGGUAGAAAUAUAUACCGACAUAUAAUACAACACACCCAUCUGUACUGAAAAUGCAAAAGAUGCUGUCAUUAUGUCACUGCCUUUUGUUGCAUAAUUAAUCUAUAUUUUUCAGGAAACUAUCUACUCUCAUUUAGUAAGAUGUAUGUACCUAAUAAGUUUUAUGGUCUUUGGAUA